AUGGAAAAAAGGGGAAAUAAUAAAAUUCCAAAUUUUGUGGAUGAAAAUGAAAAGAACAAUUAUGUAAAAUGUGAAAUGAUAAAAAAUAUGAGCAAGCAAGGAAAAGAAAUACUUAUAAAAAUGUUAAAAAUAAAAGAAAAUAUAAUAUAUGAUGAUAUAUUAAAUAUAAAUAUAUUUAUAAAAAACAUUUGGAUGUCUAUGGAUUUACAAUGUACCUUUUCUUUAAAUGAUCUAAUACUUAUUUCUAGAACAUUUAAAAAUACUGAAAUUAUAUAUGAUGAUAUAAGUUUUGAAGAUAAUGAAAAAAAACAAAAAACAAAUGAAUCCUUAUUUAGUGAUGAAAAAAAACCAAAAAAUAUUUUUCUAUACUUUCAAAAUUAUAAGAUCCGUAAAAAUGUAGUUAAAAUUUUUUUUCCAAAAAGCCAUACAGUUUGUUUCAUUCAUAAAAAUGGAUCUAUACAUAUACAUGGCUCAUUAGUAUUAAAAAAACUUUUACUAAUAUUAAUUAAAGUUGUUAAAAAAUUAAAAUAUAAAACAUUUUGGAAUUACAAUAAAUCCAAAACCAAACAAAAUGAACCAAACAACUUUCCAUCAGCUUUAGAUAAAUCUUUUCAAACACACACAGAAAAUUUAUUACAUGAAAAUAAACAAAAACAAGUUGAAUAUACAAGACCAUCGGAUAUAAUAGACGAUACUAAAGAACAAAGCACAUCCAAUUACUUCAGUUUUAUCAACAAUAAUUUAAAUCAAAAAAUUGAAUCCAUAGAGCCAGAUCAUCCUUCAUCAAGUUUGAAGCAAACAGACAUGGUAAUGAACAAUUUGAAAGGAACUAGUGAUAUCAUAAAUAAUUGUGAAAAUAUUAUCAAAGAAAUACGAGAUAAGAUAGAUAAAUUAAACCCUUUAGAAAUGGGCACUAUUCCUUUUGAUGAGUCAAAUAAUGAACUUGAGCAAAACUGUAUGAACAGUCAUAAAAAUUGUGAAAAAAAUGACUUCUUACGUCUUGAGGAUAAUUUUUCCGAUUUUGAAGAAAAGGAAGAAAAACUUUUACUAUUGAAUAGUGAUAAUGCCAAACCAAAUAAAGAUGACGAGUUAAACUUUUUGAAAAAAAAUGAGGAAAUAAAUAUAAAUAAAGAAAGAAUAAGAAAUAGUUUAAAUUUCGAAAAUGUUCCUAUAAAUAAUGAAUAUAAUAUUAAUAAGAUUAGCAAAAAAUUUAUGUACAAAUUUAAUAUCCAUGAUAAAUGGUCAUAUACAAUUCGAGACGAUAUGAUUUUUGAUAUGACAAAAUUUAAUAUUAAACAAUUAGUAUGUGUUUUUAAAAUAAAAUUAAAACAUUUUGAUAUAUCACGAAUUUAUAAUUAUAUUGAAUUUAAAAAUAUAUUAACUGAUAUUAAUAAUAUUAUAUAUAUAAAAAUUGAUCAAAAUUUUUUAAAUAAAUUAAUUUCACAAACAAAUUUAGAAAAUUUUGUUAAAAAUAAUUUUACACAAAAUUAUCAUAUAAGCAAUAAAAACUCAGUUAGAACUGUUUUGUUGUUUAGUUCUGGAAAAGUUGUCAUUUAUUCUUGCAAAGAUAUUCAUGAAGUUUUGUCUAUUUCACGAUUUGUUGUAAAUGUCUUACGACGAAAUAAUAACAUCAUCUUUGAAUAA